CGAUUUUAAUCGUCAUGAAUGUACAAAAAAAACGAUCGAAUGUGCAUUCAAACAAUGAGAGAAACGUAUAAUCUAUUAUAAGUAAUCACAGAGCUUGAGCUCUCUGUCGAAUAUGAGUGACGAAAUUUAAUAUCUAGGACACGUCUGCGGGAGAGGAUCCGCCUCUUCGUUUGUUUCACUUCUGAUAGAAGCGGAAUUGUUCCUUAUUGAAUGGUAUUUUCCCCCAUGCAAAGAAUAAAUCGGCUAUACAAGACUGUCUUGAGUUCUUCACACUUGAAACACUUUAACCAUGCUGAUAUUUGAGCUGAACGAGGGAAAUUAGAUCGGCACGAUUCAUCUUGACUUGAGGAAAAAAUAGGAAAGCAGGAAAAGAUAUGGAGCUGAUGAAACUCAUAUUGUUGCCCUUGUUCUGCAUGUGUUUCCAUGGCCACUGUGCAGGCACAGCAUACCCACACAAGUCAAAAUGUACAAUUGGGAAUACCAAAGCAGACUGCAGUCAUAUGAAUCUGGAUGCAGUUCCAACGGACUUACCCAAAAAUAUCACCACAUUGGAUGUGUCACACAACAGAUUAAAAAAUCUGUCUUCUCUGCAUUUGUAUUCAAAUCUGAUGAAUAUAGAUGCCAGCUACAACACUUUAAAGAUCAUAGAAGAGGAUCUAUGUAUUUCUCUGCCACACCUGCAAAGUCUUAAUAUGCAACACAAUGAAGUGCAUUUGUUAAACAAGAAAGACCUGAAAAACUGUUCUCAUUUAACACGACUUGACCUGUCUUACAAUAGGCUGAAGCUAGUUGGGGAGCCCUUCUCUGUUCUUAAGAGUUUGACGUGGUUAGAUGUAUCCUGGAACACACUUAAAUCGGCUAAAUUGGGAACACAACCUCAACUGCCAAACCUGGUGACCCUUGCUCUAUCUGGAAAUGAAAUUUCUGAACUGCAAAAAAACGACUUUUCAUUCCUCAGCAAUUCCUCUGUAUUUCGGGUUCUGAUACUCUCAUCCCUGUCUCUUAAAAAGGUAGAGAAUGGCUGUUUCCAGACUAUUGCUAGACUUACUGACUUAGUGUUGGACUACAGCAAGAUCAGCCUUCAGUUAACCCCCAGUCUUUGUGAAGAACUUGCAGGCACAGCUUUGCGAAACCUUUCCCUUAAGAACACUCAACAGGUCACCCUCUCAAACACAACUUUCCAAGGUCUAGACAAGACUAACAUCACAGUGCUCGACCUCAGCAGCAACACGAUGACGAAGAUUGCUAAUGGCACCUUUCAGUGGUUUCCCAGACUGGAAAGUUUAUCCCUGGGGCAUAACUCCCUUAAACACCUAACUAAGGACACCUUCCUUGGAUUGGGAAACCUGAGACAGCUUAACCUGCAGAAAGCACUGAUUAAGAGUCAUAGUUCAUCCUUACCAAUUAUUGAAGACUUCUCUUUCUCCCAUUUAGUCCAAUUAGAACAUCUAUGCAUGACAGAUACUGCAUUUCGAGAGAUAACUGAACAUAUCUUUUCUGGGCUUCUGAACCUGAAGACACUGGAUUUGAGUUGGAGCAUCACAGGGUUGAAGACAGUCACAAACACAACAUUUGCUUCUUUGCAAGAAUCUCCACACCUUCAGACUCUUAAUCUUACUGCCACGGGUAUCAACAAGUUGGCACCUGGGGCCUUUUCAAGUUUGGGCAACCUCUCGACACUCCUACUCAGUCACAAUUUCAUUAAUCAGCAGCUGAAAGGACAUGAGUUAGAGGGCCUUUCAAACAUUAAAGAGCUUGACAUGUCUGAAAACCAGCAAAGUAUUUCCCUUACCAAUACCUCAUUCAUCCAUGUCCCUACAUUAAGGACUCUAAAACUUGGCCGUGCAGUAAAAGGGACCCUAGAUAUAGAACCAUCUCCGUUUAGGCCACUUGUCAACCUCACAAUUCUAGAUCUCAAUAACAACAAUAUUGCAAACAUAAAUGCUGGCUUGCUGAAAGGAUUGUACAAUUUGAAGGUACUGAAAAUGCAGCACAACAACUUGGCUAGGUUGUGGAAGACGGCCAAUCCUGGUGGUCCAGUGUUGUUCCUCAAGGAUGCCACAAAACUGUCUGCUCUGGAUCUGGAUUACAAUGGUUUAGAUGAGAUUCCACUUAAUGCUUUGCGUGGCUUCUUUGAGUUACGUGAGCUAAGUCUCCGUGGUAAUUUAUUGGAUCAGCUGCAUGCCUCUGUUUUUGAUGACCUACAGUCUUUAAAGUAUUUGCAUCUUCAAAAGAACCUUAUAACAUCUGUUCUACGUGUCACGUUUGGUGUGCCACUUUCCAACCUGACAGAACUCUACAUGGACCACAACCCUUUUGAUUGCACCUGCGAGAGCAUUCUGUGGUUCUCUGAGUGGCUUAACUCCACCAAUGUCAGCGUUCCUGGGUUCCCUCAAAGAUAUAUUUGUAACACCCCAAAUGCCUACUUUAACCGCUCUGUUAUGGACUUUGACCCAUUGUCCUGCAAGGAUAUGACACCUUUUAAGGCCCUGUACAUUCUGAGUAGCACAGCAGUGCUAAUGUUGUUAUUCACAGCUUUCCUGGUACACUUCCAAGGAUGGAGAAUCCAGUUCUUCUGGAGCAUAAUGGUGAACCGUAUGCUGGGGUUACUGAAGGAUGAAAGAAUUACUGAGGGUAGAUAUGCAUAUGAUGCAUAUAUCAUCCACAGUGCUGAAGAUAGGCCAUGGGUGGAACGGAGCUUGCUUCCCCUAGAGGAUGAAAAAUUUAUUUUUUUUCUUGAAGACAGAGAUGCAGUACCUGGCGUUUCUCAACUUGGCGCCAUUGUUGAAAACAUGGGACGUUCCAGGAAAAUAAUUUUUGUUAUUACAGAAAUGCUUCUGAAGGAUCCUUGGUGUAGGCAAUUCAAAGCCCAUCAUGCACAUCACCAGGUAAUGGAGGACAAUCGUGACUCACUGAUUCUGAUUUUUUUGCAAGAUGUAACUGAUUACAAUUUAAACCGCUCUCUGUAUCUUCGUCGUGGCAUGUUGAAACCUCACUGUGUACUAAACUGGCCUUUACACAGGGAACGAAUCCCAGCUUUCCAUGAGAAACUCCGCUCAGCACUAGCUUCUACCAACAGAGUCAACUAGAAUGUUUAUUUUUUUUCCCAUAUGCAAAGCACGUUUAAUUUGUCCUCAAUAUUUGUACUACAAUCCUCA